AUUUAUUUACUUACCAUUUUUCUUUUUGGUAAAUAAAGAAAGGGAAAGGAAAGAGAAACAGAAGAAGAAGAAGAAGAAGAAAGAGAAGAAGAAGAGAAUUCCCAAAAUUUUCAAAAUCUUUGGGAAUUCAUCAUCAUCAUCGAUUCGCUUCAAUGGCGGGUGGUAGGGUUUCCAUUUUGUCAUGGAUUCUCUUUCUCGCUAUCGCCACCGUGCCGUUGACGUCUUCGGCGGCCAAUUCAACGACGAUAUACGAGGAGCUCAAAGCGCAGGGGCUACCGGUGGGGCUUCUUCCGAAGGGGAUAACGAAGUAUGAAAUUAACGGAACCAGUGGUGAGUUCGUGGUGUGGAUGGAGGAAGCGUGCAACGCCAAGUUUGAGAACGAGGUGCACUACGAUUCCAACAUCAAGGGCACCCUCGGUUUCGGAUGGAUCAAGGGGUUGACCGGUAUGACUGCUCAGGAUCUCUUCCUGUGGUUUCCUGUGAAGGGGAUUCGAGUUGAUGUGCCGAGUUCUGGGAUCAUACACUUCGAUGUUGGUGUCGCUGAUAAGCAAUUCUCUUUGUCCCUCUUUGAAGAUCCUCCUGAUUGCAACCCCCAGGCUAAUGUUGAUGGUGAUGGUGAUGAUGAUGUGUUGAGGGCUGCUUGGUAGAAGAGAGAAGCAUGUUGCUGCAUUUCAGAUUACAUAUCAAUCAGCCUAUCUGUGGCUGUGGUUGGUCUUGUUGUAUUUUUUCUGUACAGUCACAGUCUUUUUCUUUUCUGCUUGGAUUGAAUCAAUCGCCUGUGUCGAGGGACAAAGGACGACAAUUUUGGUGGUAGCAACACUCGUUUCUGCAAAACCUGUGUUAGAAAGAGAGGAAUGUUGGUUGGUUUUGCUGAUGAUGAUCUGUGUAAUACUCAGGUUCUAUUAUCUGUGUUUUGGUCUUUUCAUUUUUGUAUGCAAGUUUUUCAACCUUGUGUUGUGUAGACCAAACUAUUUUAAUAAAAUUCAGCAUAGUAUGUCCA